AUGGCUACUAUAAAUCAUGAAGUCCCCAUUCAUUCAUCAACCAAGCCAAAAAUGAAUUCUUGCUUCAUCAUCUCCCUCUGUCUCUCCUCCUCCUUCUUCAUCGACAUUUUAAGCAUUGAGGCUGCACCCGAAUAUCUGUUUCAUGAUUGCCCGAACACCACCCUCUUCACUCCCAACUCGACCUACCGAUCCAACCUCCACGCCCUCCUCUCUUCCCUCUCCUCUGCCGCCGCCGGCAGCACCGACGGCUUCGCCAAUGCCACCGCCGGCCAAAACCCUCUAGAACGGGCCUAUGGGCUCUUCCUCUGCCGCGGCGACCUCAACAGCACCGAGUGCAGCCGCUGCGUGGCCACCGGAGAAUGGGAUAUCCUCCAAAGAUGCCCGAACCAGCGAGUCUCCACAAUAUGGUACGACCAGUGCAUGUUGCGGUACUCGAACCGGUCCAUACUCUCUGCCAUGGAGCGAUCGUUGGAUCGUGUUUUGUAUGACGUUGGGAACGUCACCGACCCAACCCGUUUCAUGCAGCUUCUCGGUGAAACCCUGAACGAUAUCGCCACAAGGGCUUCAGCUGGCGGGUCAGGGAAGAAGGUUGCAACAGCGGAGGCAAACUUCACUAGCUCACAGAAGUUGUACGCACUCGCACAGUGUACGCCGGACUUGACGGCGUCAGACUGUGUCAAGUGCCUCCAGUUUGCGAUCGCUAAUCUGCCACAGGGGAAGCAAGGCGGGAGGUUGCUCGCUCCAAGCUGCAACUUGAGAUAUGAGCUCUACCCCUUUUAUGAUGCCUCAGCCCUGCCGUCGCCGGCCCCUCCACCUCCCGUUCCGGCACCUCCGCCUCCCGCUCCGGUGACCGGACCUAAAAUUGCAUGUGUGUGUAUAGCUUGUCUCCCUCCAUCCAGACUCUCCUUUUUCAUAAUAUUAAGUCUGAUUUUGCCAUGGCCUCACUGGCCGUGGGUGAAGGCGGCCUCGCCCAUGGCCACGACGAUCUGGGCGACCGUCGAAAGCAAUAUAUUUACUAUGAUAAUCAUCGUAAUCGCCGUUUCUGUCGUCUCAACUGUGGUGGUUCUCUUCCUUGCUCGGUGUUUCAGUAGGAGGAAUGCGACCAACACACAUGCAGUCGUCCAAGGAGGUCAAAUCGGCCUUACUGAAAUUACAAACUCCCAGUCCAUGUUGUACGAUUUAACCACCAUACUAGCCGCCACAAGCAAUUUCUCUUGUCAAAACAAGUUGGGUAACGGCGGAUUUGGUGAAGUCUUCCUGGGUACGCUUCUUAAUGGACUACCAAUAGCUGUGAAGAGACUAUCCCAAAGCUCCGGGCAAGGUUUUGAAGAAUUUAAGAACGAAGUCAUGUUGCUACCGAAGCUUCAACAUCGAAAUGUCGUGCAGCUGCUCGGGUUUUGCUUAGAGGGUGAAGAAAAACUGCUUGUCUAUGAGUUUGUGCAGAAUAAAAGUCUUGACUACUUUUUAUUUGAUCCUGAAAAAAACAAGCACUUGAAUUGGUCAACACGUUACAACAUAGCAUGUGGGAUUGCUCAAGGAAUGCGCUAUCUACACGAGGACUCUCGAAUUCGGAUCAUCCAUCGUGAUUUGAAAUCAAGCAAUAUAUUGUUGGAUAGUGAAAUGAACCCCAAGAUUUCCGAUUUUGGCAUGGCAAGGAUUUUCGGGAUUGACCAAACACUAGCAAUGACCGAAAGAAUUGCGGGAACUUAUGGCUAUAUGUCACCUGAGUAUGCAAUGAAUGGGCAAUUCUCGGUGAAGUCCGAUGUCUAUAGUCUUGGUAUCCUACUUCUAGAGCUCAUUAUUGGUAAGAAGAAUGGUUUUUUCAACCAGGUAGAUGGGGGCGAAGGUAUUGCUUGCUACGCUUGGAAAAACUGGAGAGACGGUACGCCGUUGUUGGUGUUAGAUCCCGCCCUAGGAGGGACAUAUUCAGUGAACGAAGUUGCUAAAUGCCUCAAAAUCGGUUUGUUGUGUGCUCAGGAAGAUCCAAAUCAUAGACCCACAAUGGCGGACAUAGUCCGUGAGUUGACCAGCCACCCUGUUACUCUUGAACUGCCCCGACAGCCGGCCUUCUGCCAUGGCAGGACAGGGAGACUGGAAUCGGACAAAUCCCCUGGGAGGUCUAUCACUGGGGCUGAACUUCGUCGGAUUCUUCACAGGGAUUGCCAGCUCAACUUUUCUACGGAUCACCAGCUCAGAUAUGUGCAUGAAGUCAGUGAAGGUGGUGACAUUUCAUGCAAGGACAAAGUGAAACGCAACCGCGUCACCACCGCCAUCUUCGACGUUGUCGACCGCCCACGCCGAAGCUCCAGCCAGCCGCCGUGUUCGUCAUCGUCCUCCGACGCUGUCCGACGCAAGCCGAGACCCCUGCAGAGCCGCGUCGCGCACCCUCUGACGUCGUCGCCGUCUCCCCCACUCGCCGCCACCUCGCCACAGGUAAUAAGGGUCGUCGUCAUCACCGUCACCACCGUCGCCACCACCGCCAUCAUCACCGUCGUAGUCGUCGCCGCCAUUGCCCCGGCGAUGCUUUGGCGCCGCGAAUCGGGAACCCUAGGGUUCCCGAUUUUCCGAGUCGUCGGGUCGGACCGGGCCAGGAACCGGGUAGGGUUUUGCGCGAUUUGGGGAGGCGGAAGACCGGGUCGCGAUCCGGGUCACGAAUCCGGGUAG